GAGCUAAACCCGUGGGUAGAGCGUCUGGUGGAGGGAGAGUGAGCGGGGCUGCCCUGAAUGGACUGACAGAAGAGGGAUUUACAUUUUAACGGGUGUCGCUCUCCGUCAAACACCACAUCUUUUCGGGGGGGAAAAAAACAGCAAAUUUGGCUUGAUGUAUUCAUGUCGGUGCUUCUAACAUGUCCAUGUGUCAUCGUCGGGAGAGGAUCGAACUUGCCAGCAGUCUAUAUUUGCCGAGGAGGGAAAGCAAUACAAGGUCUCGCUGUCUCGCUGGACUGGAGUAUUAUUAGCAGUUCAGACAGUACAACUGUCUCUCCAUGGUCAUGCAGUGUUAUUUCCCAAUAACUGAAGCAUCCAAAUCUGCGAGAACAGAAGGAAGGUUUUGAAAAGUAUAUUACUGUGUGUACAAGGAAAGAUAAACAUUCAUCUAGCUCCCAUGCUGGCGGACAGAAAUCCUCCUCUCCACACCCUCAGCCAUGCCUGCUACUACCAAACCCACAAGGAGACAGACACCUGCCAGGAAGAAUGGACAGAAAGUGAUAAGCACCAAAAGGCAGACCUGUAACUCCAAUAAACCCAGAGGAAGGCCCCAGAAAACACCCGUAGAGCCCAAAAAAUCAACAGCUAGGGCCCAGACUCAGUCAGGAAAAAGCUCCCGUGGAAGAGGAGCAAGUGGGCCAGCUGGUCAGGGCCCAGAGAGGUCCCCUGGUGGAGUUAACCGUGCCCUAAAUGUAACAGGAUCUGCAAGGCUUAGAUCGCUCAGCAAUCCACCUGACCACUGUGUUGAGUUAGAAGAUCCCCCAGGACGAAGGAAGUCCCUGCGGGGCACGGGGGUGUCUCUGUCUUCAUGCCAACCUUCCAAACCUGGCAGAGGAGGGAGGAACAACAGACGUGGCACAGGGAGAGGAGCAGCAGCAUCUCAGACCAGGACUGCAAGAAACCAGCCUCCAAGCACCACCAGUAACAGCAACAGCAGCAGUGAUUCAACCUGGGAUGAAGAAAAAGUAACACUGGGCCCCAGUGAGGAUGAAGAUGUCCCUCCAGUUUCUCUGAAAACUAGUUGUGAAAGCCCUAGAAAUAUCAAAAGUCAAGAUCUUGGAGUCAGCAAUGCUAAAGAGAGGAGCCCUCUUAAAGCUGAUUCACCUCCAUGCAAUGACACACUGGAAGACUGUAUACAAUGCAGCUGCGACAGCACUACAACUGAGCAAGACGAAAAGACUGUCAGUCAUAACAGUGAAGAGGACCUUAGAGGUGUGAUUGGAGCCCUUGAGGGUGAUGAUGUUGAUGGACAGCUCUGCACAGACAGUAAAAAUAGCCCUCCUGAGACUUCUGCACUAACAAGUAUCAGCGCAGUGGGGAUCCAGUCCAGCAUUGUGGGAAAUGACAGCUCUCCCAUCCCUGGAAAUAAGCUAGAUCAACUUGCCAGUGAUAGGAAGCAAGAUGAAGGGGGCGGUAUCCAUCAGGAAGAGGGUGACAACUUGGACACGAAAGUGCAAGUGACAGAUCAAAGUGUGAGAGUUGACACUGAGAUAAAAGAGGAAAUACAUCCAGAGAAAAGGGAUUGCCUAGAGGCGAAUGAAGCAAGACCAGAUGAGACUGUGGUGGAGACCAGUGAGAGUCUGCAUAGAAAUGAGGAUAAAAAGGAAGAUAUGGAUAAAAAGGACAACCUCAUCAGACCUGCUGACUCCCACCUCAGUUCUGCUCCAGUCUCUAAACCUCCAGAUCCUCCUCAAUCUAGCAAAGGACUGGCAGUACAGUCUGAAGCACCUGUCUCCAACACAGCUACCUCAGCCACCACCAAAGCCCCCUCAAAAUCAGAGUCACACAAAGGAGAACAGCUACUGAGUCAUGGCAACACAGACGUGCAACCUACCAUUCAUGGUGCUAAGCCACAAAACCCAGACUCCCCUGCUGGUCUGACCCCUCAAGUGAUAAGAAAUACACCAGUUAUAAUCUGUAAUGACUCCCUCAGACCAAAAGGCUUAUGGGACUCAAACCAGAGAGAAUUACGAAAAUUAGAGAUCCCUCAGAUGGACAGACAUGCUUACAGAGCAGCAGAGCGGCAAACCAAAGAUAGUGAAUCCUGUCAAGAGCCAUUCAAGCACCGCAGCCAGGAAGGGUCUCCGUUUUCCUCAGUGUCAUUGUCUCUACUUCCUCAGUCGAGUACGGUUGCCCUUGUAACCGAGGCCGAGCCAAAUGUGGGCGAAGACAGUGUUGUGGUAGCUGUGUCAGAGCAGGACUCAGUGCCAAAGAUCUCCACUCAUUCUCUGGAUUGUAGUUCAUCAUUCUCGUGCAGCUCAGAAAGCACUCGCUCCUCUUUUUCUUUUGACACCGAGUCAGAAACAGGAUACGGGGAACCCAGUCCGGUUAUACUUCCGGGACCUUGGGGUGCAGAGGGGGCAUGUUUUCCUUCAAAACCUCAGAGGAAGGAGAGGAAAAAGAGGAGCAGGUGUGGGAUGUGCAAGCCUUGCCUGACGAAGAUCAGCUGUGGCCAAUGUAGCUGCUGUCUCAACCGCAGGACUGGCCACCAGAUCUGUAAACUGAGGAAGUGCGUGGAACUGAAGAGGAGAAGCCCGUCAACUCCUCUUCCUGCUUCUGCUGAACAGGUGGGUCCAGAAAGUGGGUCGGUAAAUGGCAAAGGCAAGGCACAGAUGGAUGACACCCACACGGCAGCAGAGGAGGAUGAGGGGGAGGAAGGCCACAUACCUCAUAUACAGUCUCCCCACAUCACCCACUUGCUUACCAACAGCCUGGCCUCAGACCAAGCCACACGGCCAGCACUUAUUAAACGAGAGCCCGGGCUGGAGACGACCAGCAAUGCACUUCACCAACACGUAUGCUCUUCUGUGACUUUACAGAAUGGUUCUGCUGAAAAUCUGACAAAACCUUACGGUGCUAAUAUGACCACAGGAUCACACUCUGAUCCCAAGUCGACAUAUCAAAGGAGCACAAUGGCAUCAGAGCCUCAAAGGGCUAUAAUAUCAAUGGUUUCUAAAGACUGCUCGGAGAAUGGACGCAAGAAUCCUUCUGCAGACUUUCCAAUUCCACUCAAGAAGAUCAAAAUGGAGGAGCCAUGGGUGUGGAUCAAUGAACAGACCACCACACAGCUGAGGGAUGAUGACGAUGAGGUGUGUGAGGACCCGCUGUCCACACUGGCGGCAGUAGUGUGCCUUUCUGUCACAGAGAGAAAGGGUUUGGAGGAGAAACUUUUUGGCUCGCGUUCUUCCAUUCUUCGCUCCAUUAAAACGGAACCACUGGAUUUCCACUCUGUGAAAAAAGAGCCAGAUGACUUGAAAAUUGACUUGUGUCAGAAAAGCACUCCUGUCAGCCUGCAAAGGACUCCGCUGCCUGUCAAAACUGAGCAAAAUGUCUUUUUACCAAGUGUACAGUCUUUGGCAGAGAAAAGAAAUCUCAGUUUUGAUCAGGCUAUUGCAAUUGAGGCCUUGACUCAGCUGGCAGCUAUACCUCAAACCACCCCAGGGCCCAUUAAAGCUGAAAUUAAGGGUGAACAACCCCUUUCUGUUGCUGCCCCUCUUACAACCUCCAGUACAAAUACAUCCCUACAUGAAGCCAAACCCACAGCAGCUAUCCGCUACAACAAAGUCUCGGUCAUCAGCUCACCACUACACCAAACAUCAGUUAUACACCCUCCUGUGGCCAGACAAGGGAAUGCCAUCCAAUGCUCCCGGGAGACAAGCUCCAACACAAAGCCAUGUCUCUCAGAAUCCUAUCAGAGCCGGUUCCUGAAUGAUAGAACACCCAGCAGGAGGACAGAACAGGGCUUUGCUUCUCAUGUCAUCAAGUCAGAAUGCAGCUAUAGAGAUCAGAGUGACAUUAGGUUAACGAAAGACCAUCAAGAUCGCCUGUUUGGGGAGGACAGGGAGGGGAUUGUUGGGAAAACAAGAAGGAACAGAGAUGAGGAGGAGGUGGCAGUCCAGCUGGCAGACUUAGCUUUUAUCAUCCAGGCUCGUCACAACCAGCAAUCGGAGAACAAUCCUCCAAGAGGAACACCUGUGUCAGCCAUCAAGUACAACUACAAUUCGCAGCUACCCCCCACUCACAAAAAGGCACUUGUGAAGAAAGCCAAAGCUACCCCCCCCAAGCCUAGACGGAAGAAGAUAAAUGAUGGACAACAUGAGGGAAUUAACCAGAGGACCCCUCUGUCAAAACGCAUGCCAAAUGGUGAGAUGCCUCAUCGGAGCCGAGGCCAGAAGAUGCCUCCACCAGGGAAAUCAGUCCUCCCACACAAGAGGAACCUGUUUCUGCCUCAGGCUCAAAUUGACCUCAAGAGAUACUUGGCUGAAGCUCAAGAGGAAAGGAGACAACUCAUCCAUCAUGGUAGCACACACAUGCAGGGCCAGAACUACUGCUCCCUCAUGAAAACCAACCAUAUUCAUGGUCAAGAAAACCAGCUGCAGUCCCCCUCUAACGGUCCACUCAACCUCCACAAACCCUGUAACGGUUACUCGGCAGGACCAGUGCAAGACUGUGAAAGGCAUUUUUCUCAGGUACCACAGCCCUGUGGUGGGCUACAGCACGAUGCUGAUCCUAACACCAGCUCAGCUAAGGCUUGUUUCUUCAGUCACACCACCGGGCAUCACGGUUUGGCUAAUGGCCUCUCAGGACUUCGACAGUCCCCUCCUCCAAGCCAGCAGAACUACUACAAACUAGAACAGUCAGGACCCAUCACUAUCCUAUCAACAUCUACUGAUGUAGAUCUGGACCACUCCGAGGAGUCGACUCCAUCUAAGAACAGCGUCAACAGCUUUCUGGAGUCUCCAAUGAGCUUUCUAGACACCCCGACCAAGAAUCUGCUCAAUACUCCUUCCAAAAAACUGUCAGAUCUUCCAUCCUGUCAGUGCAUGGAUCAAAUCAUUGAAAAAGAGGAGGGCCCUUACUAUACUCAUCUUGGGGCUGGACCUAGUGUUGCUGCGGUCAGAGAGCUGAUGGAGAACAGGUAUGGUGCCAGAGGAAAUGCAGUAAGGGUGGAGGUUGUUGUUUACACUGGGAAAGAAGGAAAGAGCUCCCAAGGGUGUCCGAUAGCUAAAUGGGUGAUCCGUCGUGGCAGUGAAGAGGAGAAGCUGCUGUGUUUGGUCCGCCGGAGGCCAGGACAUCACUGUGACAGCGCCGUGUUGGUCAUUCUCAUCUUGGCAUGGGAAGGGAUCCCACGGCCUGUGGCGGACCACCUGUACCAGGACCUGACAGAGACCCUCUUUAAGUACGGCUCCCCCACCAGCCGCCGCUGUGCCCUUAAUGAAGAUCGGACGUGUGCAUGCCAGGGGUUGGAUCCAGACACCUGCGGAGCUUCUUUUUCCUUCGGUUGCUCUUGGAGUAUGUACUUCAAUGGCUGUAAGUUUGCCCGCAGCAAAGUGCCCCGCAAGUUUCGGCUGCUUGGAGACUACAGGGAGGAGGAGGAGAAAAUAGAGAACAACCUCCAGGCUCUGGCCACUGACCUGGCCCCUCUCUACAAGAGACUGGCUCCUGAAGCUUUCCAGAACCAGGUGGAAAAUGAAGAGGCAGGAACGGACUGCCGGCUGGGCUGGAGGGAGGGACGUCCUUUUUCUGGGGUCACAGCCUGUGUGGACUUUUGUGCUCACGCCCACAAGGACACUCACAACAUGAAUAACGGCAGCACUGUGGUUUGCACUUUAACCAAGGAAGAUAACCGUGCUGUACGUAACAUACCAGAAGAUGAACAGCUUCACGUUCUGCCACUUUACAAGAUCUCUGAUAGGGAUGAGUUUGGCCAGGUCGAGGGCCAGUGGGCCAAAAUCCAGAGUGGUGCUCUACAGGUUCUGUCCUCUUUCCCCCGUGAGGUUCGUCUACUGGCUGAGCCAGUGAAAUCAGCCCGUAAGAUGAGACAGGAGGCUCGUCUGAAGGCUCAGGCGGAGAAGCUGGAGAAGAAGCAGGGGCUGACUCCCCUCACUCCUGGCAAAGGGAAAAAUGAAACCACCAGCAAAGAGCCCCAGCCCUACUACAGCUCUUAUAAAGUACCACCCCGACCUGCCAGCGUUGGAAGGUACCCACCGGAGAGGACGCCACACAGCACUUACAGUCAGACCAUCAGCAGCUUUCCCACUCCGGGUACUGGGAUGUCCACACACAGGGACAUCAUCUCCUCCAACCACCUCGGUCUGUCCAGUCUCCAGUCCGGACAGAACGGCUCAGUUCUCAGCUAUAAGACACUGAGCGGCACGGUGAAUGGUUUUCCUGCAGCUUGUAGUGAUCAGAGCACUAGAUCAGAUCGUAUACCUCCACAUAACGCCCUUAGUGACCACCCUUUUAAAACUGAGCCCAGGGAGGUACACUACUCUCCUCUGCACAGACCCUCCCCCAGCGAGAGCGCUCCUCCCGCCUCCUCCUUCUCCCCGCGACCUACCUCUGAGGGCCUCUUCAGUAGGCUCAACGGACUCCACAGGGGUGCAGGAGAUGGCGGGUCAGAGGUCAGAGGUCACGGCCUCGCACCUCUCUCAGCUCUCGCCCUCCCACCGCAAACGUCCCCGCCUGAACCAGAAGAAGUGAAGCACGAAGAGGUGUGGUCAGACAGCGAGCACAACUUCUUGGAUCAUGAAAUAGGCGGGGUAGCUGUGGCACCCUCACAUGGCUCCAUCUUGAUUGAGUGCGCGCGGCGGGAGCUCCACGCCACCACCCCGAUCCUCAGGCCGAACCGCCGGCAUCCCACGCGCAUCUCUCUGGUCUUCUACCAGCAUAAGUCUUUAAACGAGCCGGGCCACGGGAUGGCGAUGUGGGAUGCUAAAAUGGCCAAGCGGGACCGGGACAGGGAGGAGGAAGCUGAGAGGUUACGGAUGGAGGAAAGCCCGAGCAAAGCGACGGGAAGGAAACGGAAAGGAGCUGGAGGCGUGGAGGUGGAGGAGGAGAAAGAGGAGGAUGCAGAGGCGAUAAAGAGGACGCUGAAUGUUCCAACGCGUCAAGCUUUGACUCUAGCAAGGGAUGGAGUCAUCACUGUGUCUCCCUAUGCUCUCACCCACGUCACAGGCCCCUACAACCGCUGGACUUAGUCAACAUGUUUUACACACACACAUACACACUUACACACACAAAGAGAACUCCCACACCCUGUGCUUCUGCCUUACCUCAAUCAACUUCAAACCGCUACUCUCAUUUUUAUGUCAUUUUCAUUGUGCUUUUCUAAUAUCUUUGUCCACUUUGUGCUUCUUUGUCUCUGCCUUCAAAGUGAUGAGGAAGACCAAAGUUGUGUCGGCUUUUUAACUGUGAGUUCGGGUGUUGGUUUUUAUUGUAAAGAGAUGGUGCUUUGAAGCAUUUUAAACUGGUUUUAUACACAUGAUUUAGAACAAAAAAAACAAGAUGUGAUUAUUUAUUCUGAUCAUAACGAUUUAUAUUUAAUUCCUGGUGUAAGCCUGUUUACUGCAAGAUUUUCUAUGAUAACCUGCAUUAUGUGUUGACGCUCAGAGUUUAUGUUGUACUAUAGGACUAUGCUCUUUAUUUCAGCCAGUAGCUCUCUAUCUAUGAGAUGAACUUACUGGCCUAUUAUACAUUGGUGCCAUUCUCACUGUAACCUUUGUUCAGCAGACAUCACGUAAUGUAGAAAACAGGACUAAUAAGGUGCAUAUAUUUACCACAGACUGUCACAUGUAGCAUUAUACUUUUUCUUCGGCUGCCUCCGACUGCUGUCUGCAGCUGAUGAAAGAAAUGUACUUGUAUGGUUUGUUGUUUAUUUUCUAUAAACCGGGAUGGUUUGUCUUUUACUCACAGAUAUGUAUGACAUAUUAAGAAGCACUUUUUUAUUUUCUUAAACUUAACUUGAAAAAGGUCCCAAACCAUAGGCCUAAAAAUGUAUGUACAGAUAGAGAUAUAUAUGACAGUUUAGCAUGAACCCUGUUUUAUUUUUUCAGUAUUUUACCGCAUUUAUUUGAUUGAGCUACACAAAGACAUACAUAUCCGAUUAAAAUUCACUCUUAUUCAAAACUUAGUAUGACGAGGAAUCGUGAAAUGCUGCAACAGUAAGGUGCUUAUUAUUACUAGCACUUCAUUUAUGCUCACCUUCUGGAAAACAAGUUAAAAAUGUUCAAAACAUUUUUCACAGGGCACAAGCAUGAGUAUAGAAUUAUGAAUUUCUGACUUACUGUAUUUUAAUGGUGCUAACGAGACCUCUGGUUUUUUUUUUUAAACAGUAAUCAUAAAGUGUCAGAUUUGUCAAAAAAGUGUUGCAAGUUUUUUAAAUCCACACUGUUUAAAUACAAAACCACAGGUGCUUAAGAAUCAAACUAUUUAUUCUUUACAUUCUCUCUACAUUUGUCGGAAAACCACUCAUUACUAGUUGGCAGAUUCCACUCAGACAAUUGCCUAAGACAAUUUCAGGUGCUCGAACCUUGUGAAGACGUUGUUUACAAAAACCUUUUAUACAGGAUCUGAGUAAGGGGGUUGGUGUCAACUCCUAAUGAGUCUGGAUCUCAUGUUCUUUGACUCUUCAUUGUUCUCGCUUAUCACUGAAAUUUCAGCACAACAGACAAAGACCUUUAACUGAUGUCCACACUAACACUAGUGACAUUUGAGAAACAUGGUGGUCUUUUACAGUUUGACUUCCAUUUGGUGCUAAUAGGACAAGGUGUCAAUGUACAUUCAGUGACACAAAAGCUGAUGGUAUGGUGCUUUUUGUAAACUCAUCGCACACUGACCUGCUAUAUUCUUCUCUACAAAGACUGUUCUAGUCUUUCUGUAGUUUCUUAGUGGCUGACAACAGACCCGAGAUGUGUUGGAUUCCCAUCCUUGAUCAUGAUGUCAAUUAAGUGCCAGAAAAAAGCAAAUCAUUAUCAACAUGUCCAUCAAGUCUUCCAUAGAUUCUCAUUGAUUUCAACUCUUCGCACAGUCUUCACACACACAGAAAAUGCAAUGAAUGUAAACAGAUUCAAAUCAUUUGGCUUAGAUGGAGCAUUUUUUUAAAACAUUUUUUAGCAUCUUUUCAUUUGCCUCUCAGUUAUCAUCAUACAACAUUGAAACUCUUUGUAUCGACGAGAAACUAACAGCAAGCACCAGCAUUUGAAAAAACUGAAAAAACAUGUUUUAAUAGUGGAGAAAUGUGUAAAUAUGUAUGUGAAGCAAACUGUUUUUACUGUACUAUUAAUGGUGUUUAGACAAUGGAUGAUCUUGCUUAUUUUGAAACUGAAUUACUGUAUGUUGCUGAAAGUAUAUCCAGUGUAGACUUGAGAAGAGACUAAAUUUAGCAUUCCUUUUAUGGAUGGCUGAGCUCCUUCGGGAUUGUAAAAUAAAGUCAUAUUUAUAUUUUGGACCUGA